AUGAAUUAUUCCGAAGAAAGUCUCGAAAGUCUCGCAGUAGAUGACGAUUAUGACUGGUGGGAAGAAAAUUGUGCGAUUAUUCCACCUGAACAGGAACGAUUAUUUCUUGUUGGUGUUGCUGGCGCCAUAGUCGCGUCGAUAUCCGUUAUUUUCAACAUGUUUCUUUUCUGCAUUCUCGUCCGAAAUAAGCGAUAUCGGUCGUCAAGUUUGAUCUACUUAACAUUUCUUGCCUUAGCUGAUACUUUUCUAUCAGCUGCCUAUAUACUGCUCUUCCCUGUGAAUAUCUACAUGGAUUACUUUGCAUCAGAUUUUCUAGCCGCUGCAUGGUGGUCGUAUAUGAGACUAAUAAUCACCAUAUCACAUGUUUUCAUCUCGGCUUCAGCUUUUCUUAUUGUGGCUGCAGCGUUCGAAAGGUAUAUAACGAUCUCAAAAAUACGGAAUCAAUUUGCUCGGCAUCAUCGCCUAGCCAUAUCGGCCGGAGCACUAGUAUUCGCAAUGAUAGCUAAGCUUCCUAUGUACUUUGAAGUUGAGGUAGUCCCAAAUGGAAACUGUACAGGUAUCACUGCUCUUACAGCAACUGUUAGUGAAUGGAGCGAAACUGAACCAUAUAAAACUGUUUACAAAUUCUGGUUUCGCAGUAUCAUCACCAUAGUGCUUCCGUUCGUGCUUUGCUUCUAUCUGAACUUCGGCAUCAUUCGUCGCCUUCGAAUUCAACAUCAGGGAGCAAAACUCUUCCGAUUUGCUACCUCGGAACAUCGAAAGAACAUCCGCUCAGCAACUCUAAUGCUCGUUUGUGUCACAUGUACAUAUCUUGGCUCAAAUCUGUUGAAUGUCAUCGUCUACAGUUGGGAGCUCAUCGACAAGCCUUCACUAUUGUCAGAAGAGCUAAGGCCGUUUUAUACGCUAUCAUCCGACUUAGUUUCACUUCUUACUGUGCUAGCAAGCGCUUGUCGUCUUCCUAUUUAUAUUGCCUGUAAUGCAAAGAUUCGAUGCGAAGUGUUAGAUGCGCUUGGCAAUUGUGUACUGUUCAGGACUGAAAGAGACUUGAAGCUCCCAUCGCCAAAGAACAAUAGAGCUCGAACGACAACGGUACGAUACUUCGAUACUGGUUGCGGUUUCAUGGUGGUGGAGGAUUUAAAUGACAAUGUCGAAUUUGGACCGCCGGUCAGUAGACAUGGAAGCGGUGAAACCAGGAUGCGAAGUAUCGGUACUGGUCUCGAUCGAAUAGUUCUAUCUGUGGCUAUGGGUAGCAUGGGUGCUGCCGAGAGGAGGAGCCUGAAAGUUCCCAAAGUCGAAAUCGAAAAGCACUCAAAUGGUGACAGUCAACGUUCGAAACAUCAUUGGAGUAGUAUUUGCUAG